CCAAAAAUUAUGAAAAAAGAUUUUGUGAGAGAUGUAUCUUGUGCAAAUUUUUGCCAUUGUAUUAUACUACAUAAGUUAAAGCGAACAAUUUUUAAAAGGGAAAAAAAAAAAAGUAGUGUUGACCAUGAUUGUUAACUGAAAAAAGGGCGGUCCAUCGGAUGACGUGGUGCACCAAGUCCGGGAAAAUGUAAUUUACUGGCGAUGGCGGGAAUUAGGGUUUCUUUUCGCAGUUACCCGCCCCAACUCCCUUUGCAACAUCAUCGUGCUUCGCUCUCCAAUUUCUCUUCCCCAUUAAUUAGUUAUAUAAUUCUUUUUUCCUAAUUCAAUUUUUUUAUUCGAGUUUUUUUUAUCUCUCUUAUGAAUUUACACACUACACAAUUACACAUCCUUUGAUUCAAUAAAUCCCUCCUAUUCUCAUUUUAUUCAAAUUUUCCCCCUCAAUUUUUAUUUUUAUUUUUUAUUUUUUUCAUGGAAAUCCAAUGCCCUAGCAAACGAAGAAGAAGCGAAAAAGAGGAACCCCCUCAAUCCCCUUCUCCCUCCUCCUCCUCCUCCUCCAGGAUCCGAAUUUGGGCAAACCCUAGGUUGGGCUUCUUCCACCUUCGCCUCCUCUUCCGCAGCGGCCAUGGCGAUGGCGAUGAGCUCCUCUUCCUGAGAUCCGACCGGGUCUACACCCUGGGCCGCGAUCGGCGGCGCUGCGACAUCGUCCUCGGCGGCCGCCGCGUCAGCAGGCGCCAUUGCCGCGUCCUCCUCGAUGGCUCCGAUCGCAAGCUCCGAUUGUUCGACGGCUGCGAUCGGUCGGGUAGUCGACAGGCUAGGGCUUCCUCGAAUGGGGUGUUUGUUAACGGCUGGAGACUCCGAGGAGGGGUCGCUGCGGAGUUGGAGGUUGGGGACGAGGUGUUGCUCGGAUCGAGACGCGGCUGUAGGGUUAUGUGUGGGUUCCUGUUGGAGAAAGUUGCCUUCUUUGAUCCAUAUGAUUCCUCUUUUUCGAAGAUGAAUUUUGUUUCGGAAUUAGGGCUUGAUGAUCCGGUGAGCAGGGCGAAGUCGCUGUUGAGCCAAUUGCGAGGCAUACUGAAAAGUUCGGAUCCUGUUUCGUAUUUGAUGAGUUCAUUGCAUUUGUUUCACGGGAAGAGAGGUGCAAGCCUUUUGGGUUCUCAAACUCCUCAGUCUAAUUUGAAGUGUUCAAAUCCGAAAACGGUUGGUUUAAACGAACCAAAUCAAAAUCCAUUAGUGAAUAAUGUAGAUGGGAAACACAAUUUUAGCCCGAGCAUAGAAAUUGAGCAAAAUGUUCACCAAGCGCCUCCAAUUGAAGGUGCAGGAGAACCAAAUCAAAAUCUUAUUGCAAAUAGUGAUGUUGGUAAUCAAUCUUUGCACCAAAUUGUGCAAAUUGAACACAGUAUUCGCCAAGCCCAUCCAAUUGACACUGCGGUCGAACCAAAUCAUAGUCUUAUCGCAACUAAUGAAGCCACUAAUCAAUCAUCGCGCCAGAUUGUAGAAAUUGAGCAAAAAGCACAUCAAAACGAAGAUUUGGGUGUUGGUUGUUCUUCGGAUGGUAAGACAUUCUUUUUAAAUCGACUUAAAAGUGUUAACACUGGUGCACCAGAUCAGUGUGCCGGUGUUACUUUGCCGCAGCUUCUCUAUCCGAUUGAAGGCCUUUUGCGAGUGUUCAUUGCGACAUUUACCUGCGAUGUUUCAUGGUUUCUGUCUUGUUGUAAAAUUCCUAACCAUCUGCCAGUGACAAUUGCAUGCCAUAGUGGCACAAGAUGCUGGAGUGCUAGCAGUGAAAGCAGAACAUCGACACCAUAUUUCAGUCACCCAAACUUAUUGCUGGUUUACCCCCAAUUUCCGGAGGUAAUUGCCUUUGGGAAAGAUCGCAAGAAGCAAGGUGUUGCUUGCCAUCAUCCUAAGCUCAUUGUCUUGCAAAGGGAGGAUAGUAUUCGUGUUGUGGUUACUUCAGCUAACUUAGUUUCAAAGCAGUGGAAUCAUGUAACAAACACAGUCUGGUGGCAAGACUUCCCUCGGAGAACUUCUCCAAAUUAUUCAACUCUUUUUGGCACAACAGAAGAAUCAGAAACCGAUUUUGCUGCUCAACUAGCAGGUUUUAUAGCAUCUCUUAUUACUGAUGUGCCCAACCAAGCGCACUGGAUUGAGGUGUUAACUAAAUAUGACUUUGGAGGAGCAAGAGGUCAUCUGGUUGCGUCAGUACCUGGAGUUCAUGCAAAGAGCCCUCCUUACUUGGAGACUAAUUAUUGCUUAUCAGUAAGUAGUUCUAUUACCUAUCUUUUCCCUCUUCAGUGGGGUUGCUGGACUGUUAAUCAUGAGAUAAGAAAUCCGUCAAUUAAACUCUUGUUUCCCACAAUUGAGAGAGUGAAGACUGGGGCUUGUGGAAUCCAGCUAUCCAGAUAUUUGCUCUCCCUCUCCGAGAAAACAUGGCAAAGGUUGAGGACCACAGGUAUAUUUCAUGACGCAAUUCCUUAUCCGUGUGAUAGAGUGGGAUAUCCUAUGCAUGUAAAGGUGGCGCGGAGACGGUUCAAAUCCAAAUUAGGCACGCAUUCAUUUGGGUGGACAUACUGUGGGUCCCACAAUUUCAGCCCAGCUGCUUGGGGACAGAGUGUAUUCCCUUCGUCUGAAUCAAAUGCCAUCGGAGCGGCUGCUAGCACUGCUGCUGCAGAGCCAAAACUUCAUAUUUGCAAUUAUGAGCUCGGGAUUAUUUUAAUAGCUCACCCAUCAGAUAAAUCAAAAGAAACAGGUGGAAAGAUGCUGGAUUUAGAUGAUAUCACACUGCCAUUUGUAAUUCCCGCACCAAAAUACCAAAAUGGUGAUAGGCCAGCAACGCCACAGGCUAUGCGAGAGGCGUGGGCUAAGAUUGCUGUUCUACAGAGAGAGGCUUCUCUAGCAGUAUCCUUGGAAGAGAUGAAUGAGGAUAUUCCGGAUGAAGAGGAGGAAAUGUUUGAGGCAUCUGACUAUGUUGACGGAGAGAGAGAGGAGGAGAAAAUUUAUGCGGAGAUGCUUUGGAGCCAGGUUGCUUCUUCUGAGAACUGAUUAAAUAUUGCAGACCGGGAUGAUUCGAAAAAUAGAAAUUACGAGAUUGAUAACCAUUUUUAUCAGGCUAAGAGAGGGGUUUUCUGUGAGAUUCUUGGGCCAACCGGCGGAAAGAGCUGUCUGUCUCAUUGUGUCAUCAUUGAUUUCAUCUCUCGGUCAAAUUAAGGAUGUUACAAACAGCAUUUCUCUUCUUCCUUCGGUGAAAUGCUGAAGUAUUGAUGGUAAAGAUCAUACUCUACAUCAUUGUUAGAUUUUUAGUGACUUGGCACAAAAAGGAUAAAUGAUAUUCGACAGCGAAAGCUGCUCUCAUUCGACACAUGAGGGGCUCUGCUCAUAUUGUAGUACCCAUUAUUACAUGCUGCCACUGGCAAAUGUUUUCUAUAUCCACAUGCCAUGCUUGCUUGUAAUUGCGUAAAAUCACAUAAUUUUAGACAAGAGGUCAAUUAUUACCAAUGCUGGUUUAAA